AGCUCAAGCUUCUCUGAUAAAAACCGACACUGAUGACAGACACAUCCAACAAUCUCAAUAUUACUAGUAGUUUAGUACCACCACUUGGCGGCCCUCUUUGAUCGCCGUACUCAUAUACUAUAUAUAUUAUACUAAAUUGGAGCACGCUGAUCACGUUCUGCAUCAACCGUACCAAUUACCAACUCCUUAAUUGGACUUUAAAGCUUGCUACUCAGCUGCUCUAAGCUCACACCGAUCCAGUAAUCGAGCUCCAGACAUCCAUCAAUGGCCAUGGAGCUCUCUAACCUGACGAGGUGCCAUCUGCCACUGCUCCUGCUCUUCCUGCUGGCAGGAUCCUCCUCCAUGGCUUUGCCAGUGCAUCCUGCAAUGGACAGGGUGAGAUGGCAGGUCGACAAGGUCAACCGGCGGGGCCAUUCCAUCGGGCUCGUCAUGUCGUACAUCGAUGAGGCCACUGCUCUUGAAUCCUCCGGCUACUUCAGACCUUGGCAUGUCCUCCCCUUCGUUGACCUCUACGGACGAAGGUAUCACAUCGGGAGUAUUAGAGGUGUCAAUGUUAUAUAUGCACUGACAGGACAACGCAGGUUAAAUGCGGCUGUGACUGUACAGACUCUCAUCGACGUCUUUACUGUGUCUGGCAUUGUUCAUUAUGGCACAGCAGGAAGUUCUAAUGAUUCAAUGUCAUUUGGCGAUGUCAGUGUCCCCAAAUUUGUUGCUUAUACAAGUGCUUGGACAUGGAAGAAGUUCAAAUCACCAAAAGAGUCGGAUACAGAACUUAGCUUUGGAGAUUUUACUGUCCCAAAUGGAGGAGAGAAUCUUCUAGGAGCUCUGAAAUUCAGAAAUGAGGAGCUAUACUCAGUGGGUAAGCCUAUGAAAGAAGUUUUCUGGUUACCUGUAGAUUCAGCAUGGUUCAAAAUCGCAGAAGGACUUAAGGUUUCACUUGAAAGAUGUAACGACACUUUCUGCUUGCCAACAACUCCAAAAGUAGUCUGUGGGCUAAAAGGAUCGUCAGCUGAUAUGUUUCUAGACAAUGCAGAAUAUAGGAAGUUCCUUUUCAGAGAAUUUGGUGUAUCAACAGUAGAUGAGGAGAGUGCAGCAGUGGUGAUGACAACAACAUCUCCUGGCAUACCUGUGAUUGUAUUCCGGGGAGUUUCUGAUUUGGCUGGAGGGGAGCCAACAUGGUCGUCAACAAGCCUGAUGAACCUGGCAUCUAUUAAUGCACUCAAAGUGGCAGUGGAGUUUAUUGCUACAGUCGGGAAACAGAAGUCAACAAUGUCAGCAGGAAGUGCUAAUAACUGAAGGAAAAAGAUCACAUCCAUGCUGAUCCAAUAAUGCCCUGGAAUAACAUUUUACAGCAGUAGCUGCAUUCAGAAUAAGAUGCUUUCCUGAGCUUCAAGUGCAUGUCCUCUCCCAUAAAGGAUAUUAGUGUUGAAUUAUUUUGUUGAAACUUGUAAGCAUGCAUGUGCGAUCAUUUUAUUGCAAAUGGAAUAGCAGAUGAUGUUGCUUUUUACGAAAAAAAACAAAUUACAUCAGUACGGUUUUUUAA